CUCCCCCUGCCAGCCCAGCCCAGCCCAGCCGAGGAGGAGGGGCCGCCCGCGCGCCCAGCUACUCAGCUUCGAGCAGCGCGGGGAGGGUUAACCGCCCAAGUAAACGUAGUUUUGGGGUUGUCAGUUUCCGAUUCGAGACCCGGGAAAAAAAGAAAGUCACGCCUGGCCGCUGGCGAGCCCGCAAUCGGGCGGGCAGAGCAGCCUCGGCGGCGGCGGCGGCAACACACGAGCCCCGGCGUGGCCCCCCAGGAAGAGGCGGCGCGGCGGCGGCAACCAGAGCAGCGGCGGCCGGCCGGCGAGGUUAACAUGAGAAAGGAAAAGCGAGUCCGCUGGGAGGACAGUGAUGAAAAGCUGGUCUUGGUCAACGGAAGCUGCGGGAACCCAGCCGAGGACAAAGUGGACCCCACCUUGAAAGUCACAGGGAAGCAGAAGGCUGCAGAUGAUGGUGACCUGGAUCAAGUGUCUUGCAAGACACAAGGGAAGGAAAAGGGUGAUGAGAUUGCCAAGGAGGGCCAGGAGGUUCGGAGACGCGGAUCUGCUGGCUGGGAGAACAGUUUGCGGCAGAAACCCUCUCCUCGCAUAGUCUUCCAGGCCGGACCAGCCUCACAGGAGAAGAAGCCAAAGGACGACGUGGAGAGUGUGGAAAGCUUCAAGGAGCGGCACAAAAUCAGGUAUUCCAGGAGGCUGUCUGCAAAUGUCCAGAUUGACUACUCAGAAGACAACUAUGCACAGGCCAGCCAGAGCAGCAGCAAUUCUGGGCCCCCGAAUGGUUGCCACUUGACAGGGAAGCUGAGAUGUAUGGAAGAAUACCAGGAUGGGAAGGAUUUUAGGAUUGGGGAGCUCGUAUGGGGCAAGAUCAAAGGCUUCUCUUGGUGGCCUGCCAUUGUUGUGUCAUGGAGGGCCACAUCCAACCGCCAAGCAGCCCCUGGGAUGCGUUGGGUCAAGUGGUUUGGCGACGGGAAGUUUUCGGAGGUCUCGGCAGACAAGCUGGUGGGACUGAUAGAAUUCCAAGAGCAUUUCAACACCGCCACCUUCCACAAGAUGGUGUCCUACCGGCAAGCCAUUCUUCACGUUUUGGAGGUUGCAAGCAGCCGAUCUGGCAAGUCUUUCUCCAGUGCUCCGGGGGAUUCUCUGGAAGACAAGCUGAAGCCCAUGGUGGACUGGGCCAUCAACGGCUUCAAGCCCACUGGAGGCAAGGGACUGAAGCCACCCAAGACCUCAGAGAGCAGAGUCCUUAACAAGGGCGGUGCUGAAGAACCUGCCUGCCCUGAACUGCCCCCCCCUGCCAAGCGGCUCAAGACAAAUGCCUGCAACGGCAACAACAAGGAACAGGCAGAAGAGAGUCAAAGCAGAGAGUGGAUGGCUUCUGAAGUCAGGAGCAGCAAGAAGAGCCUGGAAGACAAUUGCUUAUCGUGUGGGAAAAAGGACCCGGUGACCUUCCAUCCACUGUUUGAAGGGGGCCUCUGCCUGACUUGCCAGGAUCGCUUCCUGGAGCUUUUCUACAUGUAUGACGAAGACGGGUACCAGGCCUAUUGUUCCGUUUGCUGCGAGGGGAGCGAGCUUCUCCUCUGCGACAACACCAACUGCUUUAGGUGCUUCUGCGUGGAUUGCUUGAACGCCCUGGUGGGGCGCGGCACAGCCGACAUAGCCAUAAAAGAGGAGCCAUGGAGCUGCUACAUGUGCCAGCCACCACGGCGCUAUGGUCUCCUGCAGCGGCGGCACGACUGGAGCACGCGGCUAAAGGACUUUUUCACCAACGAGAAAGGGCAGGAAUAUGAGGCACCAAAAAUCUACCCUGCCAUCCCAGCAGCAAAGAGGAGACCAGUCAGGGUCCUGUCCCUUUUUGACGGCAUAGCAACAGGUUACCUAGUUCUGCGGGAUCUUGGCAUCCAAGUGGAGAAAUAUGUUGCCUCUGAGAUCUGCGAGGACUCCAUAUCUGUGGGAACUGUGCGGCAUGAAGGGAAUAUCAAAUAUGUGCAUGACGUCAGGAACAUAACUAAGAAAAAUAUUGAUGAAUGGGGCCCUUUUGAUUUGGUGAUUGGUGGAAGCCCCUGUAACGACCUCUCUAUUGUGAAUCCCGCCAGGAAAGGCCUGUAUGAGGGGACUGGACGCCUCUUCUUUGAAUUCUACCAUCUUCUUAAUUACACACGGCCCAAAGCUGGGGAGGAGCGUCCCUUCUUUUGGCUAUUUGAAAAUGUGGUUGCCAUGCGCGUCAAUGACAAGAGGGACAUCUCUCGUUUUCUGGAGUGUAACCCAGUUAUGAUGGAUGCUGUCAAGGUCUCGCCUGCUCACCGGGCACGGUAUUUCUGGGGCAACCUGCCUGGGAUGAACAGGCCUCUGAUAGCUUCGAAGGCAGAUAAAGUUGAACUUCAGGAUUGCUUGGAGUACGGUAGGACAGCAAAGUUGAAAAAGGUGCAGACCAUCACCACCAAGUCCAAUUCAAUCAAGCAGGGGAAAGCCCAGGCACUCCCAGUCCGCAUGAAUGGCAAAGACGACAAUUUGUGGAGCAGUGAGUUGGAAAGAAUCUUUGGCUUCCCCCUCCACUACACGGAUCUGUCCAACAUGGGUCGUGGAGCACGCCAGAAGCUGCUUGGCCGGUCAUGGAGUGUCCCGGUCAUCCGCCACCUGUUUGCUCCGCUCAAGGAUUAUUUUGCCUGCGAUUAGAGAGCAGGUGGGGUGCCCAGGUCUCCUUUCAUCAAGCAGCCUUGGGAGGGACGGACAAGAAUGAGCCAGAGAGGAGACCUCCUCCACAUGCUGCCCACAGCAUGGCAUUCUCCCCUGCCCCCACCCACCGCAAUGGACACUGGAAGGAAAAGACAGCCUUAUAAGGAAAUGUCUAGGGAAGGUCCCUUUUAAUCAAGGGUGACUUUCCUCAAAGGUCAGAAGACCUCUGCUUUCUCACCGUGCAAAAUACUGUCUGUCUGGAGGGGCGUGACAGAGCAUUAACCAAAUCAUUCCAUAUGAUUAAUGCAAAGCAGCGACUUGGUUGCUGCCUGACUGCAAGGUGGUUUUCUGGGGGUGGAAAAUAAACCCAAACUUGAAAAAGGGAAGAGCAAAAGAACCUCUCCAGGGACAAUCAUAAAGAAACCAAAACAGCAGCAGCGAGCUGGCUUUGUCUUGGUUUCCUACACUGGAACAAUCUGGAUAAGAGGGGACUCAUCUCCUUUCCCCCCCUCCUUUCUUUUACAUUUUUAAAAAACUUUUUUUAUAAAACAAAAGCAAAACUUUUUUUUUUAAGUUAAAUGUUGGGCUGCUGCUUUUUCAGCAUUAUGAAAAGUGGAAAUUCCAAGAAAGGAAUUUAGCUGAAACACAACUGUGAGAUAAUCAUACUAGCUAAAGCAAAAGAAAAAACAAGCCCUGCCAAAUGCCUCUGGGUGUCCUUUUUAAUUACACUAAUCUAUCUAUCUGUAUAUAAAUGUUGCUUUUAACACUGAGAAUCUUGCAAAAGGAAAAGUUAGAUACAGGCCAGGAUUUUUCCUGCAUCCACCCUGUUGAAGUGAGCAAGAGCCGUUGUAGGGCUUCACUGAGCUUUUCCAUGGGUUCUCACUGUUUUACCUGAGGAGCAUUGGGCAGAGAAGUUCUAGGUGGGUUGCGCUUUUGGCCUUUAGGGUCAAGCAAAGGGACAAUUGCCAAAAAGAAAUUUCAUCAUGUGCUGCCAAGGAGUCGCAACCUGCAAAACACAUCGCCCUUUGUUUGCCUUUCCCCAAACAGACUUCAUAUGUAGGGACAUCAGGUCUGAUCCUCAUUGAUGCUGCUAUUUUCAUCAUGAAUGUUAGCUUGACAUCCCACCCACCCCUCAGCUGGCAUUAUCUUCUACCACUGGCUUUGUUACAGAAAGCACAAGGCUUGCGGAAGUAAAAUCCAUUUGCCAAGGCAACUCUUUGUUUUCGUAGGUUCUGUUGGGCAGAGUCGUCUCUCGCCACCCUUUUCAGCUCUACUGAUCAGUAGCACUGAAGCAACAUUUGCAACAGCCUUUUGCACGCUCCACCUCUGCAGGUAACUGCACAACAGACCAGGGAUUUACUCCCAUCUUUGUUCUCUGGACCAACCAGUUCAAAGGGUUCUUUCUCAGGCAGGAUACAAUUGGAAGAAUCCUUCCAUGUGUGUCUCCUAGUUCUGUGCACCUUGCCGAAGAAAGCAGACUUCUCUGAAUCAAGCUGAUCCACCGUCUCGGAUGUCACUUGGGGCUUUGUUCUUCUAACCCACAACUGUGCAUACUUAUCAAACAGCCUUUCCCAAACUGGUGCCCUGCAGAUGUUUUGGACUAUAACUCCCAUGAGCAUGGCUGUGCUCCCAUCAGUCCCAGCAUCAUAGUUUGUGCUGGCUGGGGCUGAUGUGAACUGUAGACCAAAGCAUCUGCAGGGCAUCAGGAUCGGGGAGGCUGUUACAGAGAUUGCUGCUUCAGUUUGAUAUAUAGCCGAAUGUGUAGCAGGCUGAAAGAAAUGCCAAACCAACCAACCCACCCAAGAAGCAUUCCAGAAGGACACCAUCUGUUGGGAAGGUCUCCUGAGCAAGCUGUACCGAUAUGAAUGAGAGCAAGCGGAAGGGCACGGCUGUGGACACGUGUUGGUCCCAUUCAUUCCAUAGGGCUGUGAACAGGAGCCCUUCCCCGCAGGCAGUACUCAGAUUGUCCAAGAGCCCAGUUUCCCAUCGUCCAUCAGUAUUGUGAGAUGCAGACUGAGCAGUGUGUCGAGCUCACCAAACAAAAGCCAAAAUACGUGGCAGAGGCACACACGCUCUGCUCUGAUAGAGCUUUAGUGACUUCCACUUUGCUCAGAUUUCUCUCCAGCCAGCAUUGCUGCCCUCUGCUGAAGUUCUCCUUUACCACCUGGGUUCUUCAGGAGCAACAGCAGCUGCAGCUCAGAAAAGUAUCUGCUUGGGAACCUAUGGGAAUUCAAAGCAGAGAAGGAAUGCCUGCUAUUUCCAUCCACUUCCCUCCUCCUCUUUGCCUUUUACUUGACCCAGGCAUCAUCUCUCUCACUGGUGCCACCACUGCAGCUCUAACCCCCCCAACAAACACCCAUCCCCCCCAAAAAAACUGCCAUUGGAGUAGUUCAUGGAUCCUGCUCCACCAGAAGGCAUUUUGAGAUCUGUCUUAAUGAAGAGUCUCAGGGACAAGCCGGAGUCUGUUCUCUCUGGCUGUGAAUCAAUGGCAGUAAUCUUGAGUGGAGACACAGAAGACACGUUACAGCUGGGGGGCACCAUGUUUGUGAGGCUGUUGAAGUCCCUGCCUGUGUUUUGAGUGACGUGUGCACGAGUGCUUUGGUCACCCAGUUUAAAUGGACAAGUACCUCCACAUCUGAGGACAGUGUUGUGGUGAUUGUACAGGCAUACCCCGCUUUAACGUUCGCAGUGGGACCGGAGAGUACUUUAAGCGAAAAUAAACUUUAAGUGAAGCAAUUGUCUUCACUUGUACUGCAUGCAAUCACCACUAGAUGGCAGUGGUGUGGGAACCACAUGGAAUCUGGGCCCAAGCUUUGUCCAGGGAGAUCAAACGGCUGGGGUAGAAAUGUAAAUACAUAUGGUUCAAGAAAGGGAGUCAACCAUACGUGCCGUCUUCAUGUCCUUUAUAUUUUGUUUUAUUUGCUUUCCAGAUCACAAUAGCAGAUCUGCCAUUUCUAAUUCUGUAAAAAAAAAUCGGAUUCUGUUUUUAUCUUUCUCAUUAAAAAUAAUAAUAAUUCAAGACCCUCAGUCAAAGGAACAUGACUUUUGGGAAGUAGAACAAAGAAACUUGCACAAAAAGUGGCAAUAGCCAAAAUGUAUUUGCUUGGGCAAAACCCACUUUUUAAACUGCAUUUUAUUUCUGUUUAAAGGUGCAUUUCAGACAAGUUGGGACAAUGUUUUAAAGGUUUUCUACAUCUCUUGUUGGUGCUAUAUUUUUAGACUUUUUAAUGUCACAAUUGUGUGUUUUUAUACAAUCUUUUUUUAAAAAAAUGUCAAAACUGUUUUUCUCUUUUCUUUUUGUUUAGUUUUGAGCUUCAUGGAUCAGAAGCUCAGUACCAAAGUCAGCAUCUGAGCCUUUGGGGUGGGGGGAGGAAAUUGGGUGCUUUUUUUUGUUUUUUACUGGAAAUGAAAAGAAUUGUUUUCGAAA